AUGUACAUACACACACAGACACAUGUACACACACACACACACAGACACAGACACAUGUAUACACACACAGGCACGUACAGACACGCAUGCACACAGAUACAUGUACAUACACAUGCACAGACACACACACACCACCCCACCCAUAAAAAGUUGCAGUACUUCGUUGUUCACUCACAGAGCCGGGUACUGCACUCUAGGGGGAGGCAGAGAGCACAGUACACACUCCUUCCUUUGCUUUCACUGCUCUCAGCUAUUGAGCAGUCUGACGGCUUCCAGUACCAAUGACAGAUCCGGCCUGAGCUCCGAGCCUGCUCAGCAAGACGGCCCUGGGGGACACAUUUGCCCCCACCAUAAUUUCCACUCGCCAUUGGUGAGCAGGCGAGUGGAAAUUUCAAGCCCUGCACUA